AUGUUUGUGUUGGUUGGAAGAGACAAGAAGCCGGAGAAAAGUCAACGAGAAAUGUCGGAGUUGGUGGAAUCGGCGGACAAUCUCAACAAAGGGCAAUCGUCGAGAUACAAACAGAGCUCCCGGCGCGUGGUUCCGACGACGAGCUGUGAGGUGACUGACGCGGCGGCGGAGAUCAGAAUAGUGGAGAAGGUGCUGAAGAACGGCGACCUUUACAACGGAGGCUUAUCGGCCGGGGUGCCACACGGGACAGGCAAGUAUCUGUGGUCGGAUGGUUGUAUGUACGAAGGGGAGUGGACACGUGGCAAAGCGAGCGGGAAAGGGCGGUUCUCGUGGCCGUCCGGAGCGACCUACGAGGGCCAGUUCAAGGAUGGUCGGAUGGACGGCGAAGGAACGUUCAUUGGAAUCGACGGCGACACUUACAGAGGCCACUGGCUUUGGGGAAGGAAGCAUGGCUACGGAGAGAAGCGGUACGCGAACGGCGACGUUUACCAAGGGAACUGGAAGGCCAAUCUGCAAGACGGUCACGGACGUUAUGUGUGGUGCGAUGGGAACGAGUACGUAGGGGAGUGGAAGAACGGCGUUAUCUCUGGGAGAGGGGCCAUGACGUGGGCUAACGGAAACCGGUACGAAGGCUUGUGGGGAAACGGAGCUCCGGUCGGGAAAGGCGUUUUGAGUUGGAGCGAGGAGAAGACGAGUACUAAUCAGUUUGGUGGGUGGGGCAGGAAGAACAAGAAGAAAGAUGAUGACAAUAUUAAGCUCUCUUCCGUUGAGACUUUGUCAAAGAACACCAAUUUCCCCCGCAUUUGUAUAUCCGAAUUGGAAGAUUCAAACGCGUGCGAUAACGUAGAGGCGGGCUCUAUGUUGAGUCCGUACACGAGCGAGUCGGAUACAGGGGAUAACGCGAGCGGAGAGUAUGAGUGGGUAAGAAGCCCUUUGCUUUUGGAGAGUGGUGGUACCAUGAGUUUGCAGCAAAGUCCGCGGUGGCUGGAUGAAGGAGAUGUUAAGAAACCGGGCCAUACGGUUACGGCCUCACAUAAGAACUACGAUUUGAUGUUAAAUCUACAGCUUGGGAUUAGAUACUCUGUUGGGAAACAUGCUUCGGUUUUGAGGGAACUUAGGCUUUGUGAUUUUGAUCCCAAGGACAAGCAAUGGACCAGGUUUCCGCCCGAAGGCUCUAAGUCCACACCUCCCCAUCAAUCUGUCGAAUUUAAAUGGAAAGACUAUUGCCCCAUUGUGUUUAGGCAAGUAAAUAUACUCAAGAGUUGGGACUUUAAAAUUGAGCAUCUAAGAGAGUUAUUCACCAUAGAUCCAGCGGACUACAUGCUCGCUAUUUGCGGAAAUGAAUCUCUUCGGGAAUUUUCUUCGCCCGGAAAGAGUGGAAGUUCCUUUUACUUGACUCAAGACGAACGCUUCAUGAUCAAAACCAUGAAGAAAUCCGAAAUUAAGGUUUUGCUAAAGAUGCUCCCGAGUUAUUAUGAGCAUGUUUCCAAGUACAAGAACUCAUUGGUCACCAAGUUCUUUGGAGUGCAUUGCGUCAAACCGGUAGGAGGCCAAAAGACUCGGUUCAUAGUGAUGGGGAAUUUGUUUUGUUCGGAGUACCGUAUACACAAACGGUUUGACUUGAAAGGUUCAUCACACGGCCGUACCAUCGACAAGGGUGAAGGUGAAAUCGACGAAACCACAACACUCAAAGACUUGGAUCUCAAGUAUGUGUUUCGACUAGAGAGCUCAUGGUUUCAUGCUUUUAUCAACCAAAUCGAUUUAGACUGUGAGUUCCUCGAAACUGAGAGGAUUAUGGACUAUAGUCUCUUGAUUGGUCUCCAUUUCCGUGAAACUGGCUUGCGUGACGACAUUUCCUUGGGCAUAGGUCGAAGAGAUCAGGAGGACAAAUUAAUGAGAGGGUAUAAUUCGCUUCCUAAUAUGGACUCUGUCACCCAAACUUGCAACGGACCAUUAAUCAGACUAGGGGAAAGUACACCCGCAAAAGCAGAGCAGGUGAGCAGAUUUGAGGAAGAGUCGUGGGAAGAAGACGACAUUGAUAACUCGAAUCCUAAGAGUACGAGGAACGAGGUGGUUGAUGUGAUCCUCUAUUUCGGUAUAAUUGACAUUCUUCAAGACUAUGAUAUCACCAAAAAGUUAGAGCACGCCUACAAGUCACUGCAUGUAGAUCCCACUUCAAUUUCAGCUGUUGAUCCUAAGCUUUACUCCCGAAGGUUUAGAGACUUUAUAAACAAGAUUUUCAUUGAAGACAAAUGA